GACAAGCUGGUCAGCUCGCGCCCCCUGGGCAAUGGUGGCGACGAGCAGUUCUUUUUCGCGGGCAUGCAGUCCACGCGCUGGCCCAUGGUCGCGCCCGUCCUGGCCGAGUGGAUUUCGACGCAGCUUGCCGCCGAGUCGGCCAUCGCGAAGGCGCGCCGCAAGGCGCGUGAGGAGCGGCAGCUGCUUCACCCGCGGGCCGGCGCUGCCGCGCGGGCAUGCAUCGACUGGGUCAGCGACGGCAUCGAGGCGCUCGACUGGCUGGCUGGGGGCGGGUCGCUUCCGCUGCGAAGGCGACCUACGGUUUUGCAGCGUCAGUCCUUGGACAGCGCCGUUGAUCAGGAUGUCAAAUUCGGCAGGCCGCCCUCUGGCAUCUCUCGCAGGCGCGCCCUCUCCGCCAUGUGCUCCAGUUGCCCGCUCUUCUCUGCGCGGCGGGGUGACGUGGCUUCCUGCGGCGAGGACCUCGUGCCCUGGCCUUCGGGCAGCUCGGCGCCCGUCGCGCUGGAGACCUCGGAUUUGCUCAGCCUGGCAUCGAUCCUGAACUACGACGCCCUGCCACCUACGGCGGGUUCAUCGCCGAGCUGCUGGGGCGAGGCAUGCUGCGCGUCUCUCCAGCUCGCGGCCGCCGCGGGCUCCCGGGUGGUCUUCGUCGCGGCUAAGAAGUCGGGGCAGCGGCGCCUCAUCUUCGACGCAGGCGCCAGCGACGCCGACAUCGAGCCGCCGCCCUGCACCGAGCUGCCCGGCGGCGGCGCGCUCGCCCGCGCGGAGACGCAGGCCAGCGGGGGCGCGUGGUUCAGCAGCGGCGACAUCUCGAACGCUUUCUACGCCAUGCAGGUCCCCGGGGGCCCCUGCGAGUACUUCUCCCUCGCUCCCGCGCGGGCGGGCCUUGCUGGUGUUUCCCAUGUGGGUGGCGUCGCGGAUCACGGGUCCGACUGGUUGCCCCCCGAGCUUACCGCCCUUCCCAUGGGCUGGUCCCGGGCGCCGCGUCUGCGCCAGUCCGUCUCCGAGACGGCGCUUGCCCCAGCGCGCGUCGCCCCCGCGCGGCAGGUGCGGGGCCGCAGCUUGGGCGUCAGGCCGGGGCCCGAGCUCCCCGCCACCGGUGCAGGCGGUGGCCAGCAAGGUCGAGCGCGAGCACUCCUUCCUCGGAUUCGUCGUAAGCGGUGCUCGCUGGCCAUCUUCGACUCCGUCUACGCCUUCGCCCAGGCCGCCAGGGGCGACGCCCUGCCCCUCUGGCCCGCCGUGCGCCGCGAGCUCUGGCGCGCGCGCUCGCUGCUGCCCUUCUUCGCCGUCUUCGCCGACGCUGACUGGCGCGACGAGGUCGCCGCCAGCGACGCUUCGGGCCGGGGCGGCAGGGCGCGCCGCCGCCGAUGCGACCCAGAGGUGGCCGCGCAGAUCGGCCGCGCCGCGAAGAGGUGGCGAUGCCUCGUCGAGGAGUCCGCCCGCGCGCGGAAGCGCGCCCUGGGAGCGGCCGACGCUGCCGCCGCGCUGCGCGAUCCUGGAAGGUUGCCGCCCGAGGAGGCCGAGGGCUGGGGCGAGUCCUGGGGCGAGGUCUACCCCGACCUUCUCGUCGGCGAUGUCUGGGCUAUCACGCACUCCUUUCCGUGGAGGGACUCCUUCGACAUGUGCCGCGCCGAAGGGGUGGCGGUGGCCUCUGCUCUCCGCCGCCAGCUCAAGUCUGCCGAUGUAUUCGGGAGGAGGAUUGCGUGCCUGGUCGACGACGUGUCGCUCGCCCUCGCGAUAGGCGAGGGCCGCGUGUGGUCGCCGCAGCAGCGCGGCGCCCCGCGGGAGAUCUGCUCCCGCGCCCUCGCCCGUCGUUUGCGCGUCGUCACCGGGUUGAUCCCUGGCGAGCUCAACCCCGCGGGCGGCCUCCUGAUGGGCCUCGUCUACCUCGAGCAGCGGUCCGUCAGCAAGGCUACGCUGGCGGACUACCAGAGGCGGGCGGGCGCGUUCAUCGGGCGGCGCUCGCAGCUCAACCUGGACUGGAGCAGCUGGGAGCAGCUGGGCUCGAUGGCGGUGACCUGCUUCGACGACCUGCACUUCCGCGGCCGCUGCGGGG